GCAUUGCAGCCCUGGAUAUGAUGAUGAUGAUGAUGCUGAAGGACAACCUAGUUUCUUUAACUGUUCAGUAGAUACUUUGCCUCUGUUCAGCCAGGUGUUGCACUGUUUGUAGUUUUACUUGAACAUUGUGAAUAGAAAUAAUUAAUGUAAGGUAAAAUUAGAUGUUAUUCACUUGUUUUGUAUAUAUUAUUUUCUGUUGUCGCUUUUUGUACUUAGGAGAUGAUGACAAAACAUAAUUAUGACCACUGGCAAACCGUGCACACUGUCACGGACAGCUUUGUUUGGUAAAUAUCUGGCAACCUAAAUAAAAUGAUUGUGGGGUUAUUAUUGGCUUUCCUAAUACAUUCCUGGAUACUAUCAUUGAAUUCAUGGUUCACAAUUUUAUUUCAGUAAAUGCUGAAAUAUACUGGAAUUGGACAGACUUUAUUAUGAAAUGUUUUUAUUAAAAGGUUUUUGAAUUAUAGUUUUUUAUUUUAUUUUUUAAACUUUUUAAAGGUGCUUAGAAAGGGCUUUGCUGACAACUACCUUUAUUCAUGUUCACAAUUUAAACUGUGAUUCAUUAUGUUUCUAAAAAUAAACUGUAGGUCGAUUUGCUAGGUUUUCCUGGAGCUUUUAGCCUCAUUUCACAGUCUUUCUUUGUUAUGGAGAUCAAUUUCUAUAAAUGUCUUGUCACCAUGAAAUAACGAGGAAUUCAAUAUCUAUCUUAAAUAAAAAUCUAUAAUAUCUUAGUAAAAAUAUCCAUACAACGCAGUCAGAGGUUAAUACAGAUAAACUAUUCAGAAAAUGACUAUUGUGAAUGUCUUCUUUUAGAUGCAGCUUUUGUUGUGUGUCGAUCAUACUUCAUCAGACGGCCGAGCCAAUGGCCUAACCCCAUACCAGCGGAUGUCUGUUAAUGACAGGCGUGAGCUCUGACCAAUUAGAUGUUGUAGAUUAAAUUUAGGGCGGGGCCUAAACGCGGAGGUGGGAUUUUAGCUACCGUCCAUCUUCAGCUACAUUACAGUGAGCGAGCUUGUCGAAAAGAAAACACAAUUUGGAAGUAAAGAAGACUUUCUGGAAUUAGUUUUGGCUGUAUUUGAAAAAGACAAACGAAAGCCCAUAACCUAGGUAAAUGUCGUAAACAACUAUAAAUCUAGAUGCUCAGUUUCCCUUUUACCUAAAUUUGGCUAGCUGGCUAGCUAAGCUGCUAGCUAGCAUUUUAUGCAUUAGCUAGUCAGACAGUUAGCCAUAUUAGCUAGCAGGUUAACGAUUAGAACGGGUUCUGUUAUAUUGUGCCUUUCACCAUGCAAAACCACCAUAUAAAAGCUUGUCUGCGCCCCAAAAUAAUGAUGCAUGAAUAUAACGCCCACCCAUCAAUAUGCUUGGCGCUAUUUGUUUUGAAAGGGGCCAGUUGGUAGCCGAGCGAGGUGGACGUGCUAAGAUACUGGCUAAUAGUAGCGUUAGCUGGCUAGGAUGCUAAUUUUAGCAGAUAACCAUGUCAGUCAUUUUGGUAACAGCAAGAUCAGGUUUGUCCACGUAAAUAUAACGAUAGACAAACCACCAUACAAAAGUUCUGGUUCAAAGUGUCCUUAAAUUAUGAAUAUAUAACGUUAUUUGUGCAGCUAACGUUAACUGGCCAGCUAGCUGGAGGUAACGUCAGUUCGACUCUCUGGAAACCAAUGUACUGAUGCUCUGUUGAAGGGAUUUGUGUUAUGUUUGAAUGCACGUUUGGUUUUCUUUACAUAGUUAACUUUGUGACAGACGGAAUGUGGACAUAGUCGUAGUCAGAGCCAUGGCUGACAAGAGAAAACUACAAGGUGAGAUCGAUAGAUGUUUAAAAAAAGUAGCUGAAGGUGUAGAACAGUUUGAAGACAUCUGGCAAAAGCUUCACAAUGCAGCCAAUGCAAACCAGAAGGAAAAAUAUGAGGCUGACCUCAAGAAAGAGAUUAAAAAACUACAGCGAUUGAGAGAUCAGAUAAAAACAUGGGUGGCCUCGAACGAGAUCAAAGACAAAAGGCAGCUAGUCGAGAACCGCAAACUUAUAGAGACGCAAAUGGAGCGGUUCAAGGUGGUGGAACGGGAAACAAAAACAAAAGCCUACUCUAAAGAAGGCUUAGGGCUCGCUCAGAAAGUGGAUCCAGCUCAGAGGGAAAAAGAGGAAACGGGACAGUGGCUAACAAAUACAAUAGACACUCUAAAUAUGCAGGUGGAUCAGUUUGAAAGUGAGGUUGAAUCGCUUUCGGUUCAGACGAAAAAGAAGAAGGGCGAUAAAGAUAAGCAAGAUCGUAUCGAGGAGCUCAAGCGGUUGAUUGAGAGGCAUCGAUUCCACAUUCUCAUGUUGGAGACCAUUUUACGAAUGCUGGAUAAUGACUCGGUACCGGUAGAUGCAAUCCAGAAGAUCAAGGAUGAUGUCGAAUACUACAUUGAUUCCUCCCAAGACCCGGACUUUGAAGAGAACGAGUUCAUAUACGACGACUUAGACCUGGAAGACAUCCCUGCAGCCUUAGUUGCAACUUCUCCAUCGGGUCAGGGCAAUCUGGAGGAUGAGAUGUUUCUCCACUCCAGCAGCACUCCCACUUCCACAACCUCCUCGUCACCUAUUCCUCCAUCCCCGGCCACUUGCACUGCUGAGAACUCGGAGGACGAUAAGAAAAGAGGACGAUCAACAGACAGUGAAGUUGGUCAGUCACCUGUGAAGAACGGCACCCCAUCCUUGCUAUCGUCCCUCUCCUCCUCCUCCACCACCUCUGGAUCCUCCUCAUCCUCCUCCCUCGUGUCCAUGGCAAGUGUUGUCGGAGGCAUUCCCGUUGUUCCCCCAAGCAGCAGUCUUAUAGGGAGCUUCAGCAGUGCGGUGCAGCAACAUCAGCAUCAAUCUGCACUACAGCAGCAACAACCUCAGCCAGCCAACCAACCGCCGCAGCAGCAGCAGCAACAACAGCAGCAGCAGUCACCUCAGACAAAACCCUCUGCCCCAUCAAACAACACCCCCAGCCCGCCCAGCAACCCUCUUCUCCCAGCCUCAACUGCACCCUCUCUCCCCAUGCUCAGCACACCCAGUUCAUCAGCUACCAACUCUCAGUCUCAGCUCACAUCUCUGCCCACCCCUACAUCCAGUUUGGGACUCGGACUGGGGCUGGGAUUGAGCAAAAUUGGCCUGAUGGGGACCAGCAGUGCCAACCAAAUGUCUGGUUUGGGCCUGGGUGUCCACUCGUCUCCUUUAAACACAAUGGCAGGGCUCAUUUUAGGCUCCACAUCGGCCCCUUACGCCCAGGCAGCAGCAUUGGGAGGCUUGGGUUUGAGCAGCACCACCCAGUCCAGCAUUUCAGUAGAGAGCAGCACUUCCAUACCCACCUCUGGCUCCAGUGGAAUCACCACCAACGGGGUGGUGGUCGGGCUCGGUUUGCUAGGUUCCAGCCCGGCCCACGUCUCUUUGAGCGCAAGUAUUCUGGGACUGGUUCCUGGGCAAAAUGUAGACCCGGGUGCCUCUCAGUUGCCCCCGAGUUCUGUCAGCACUAUCCCCGGAGUGGUUGGCAUGAUGGGAGGCAAUGGAGGGAACGUCAGCGUGGUGGGAGGAGUAGGAUUGAAUGCUGCUCCUGCUAGACCACCCAGUGGACUGAAGCAAAACGGAAGCACAAGUUACAGUGCCAUAGUGGCAGAGAACUCCACAGAAUCAGCUCUAAGCACACCGAGCCAGUCACAAAGCAGCCAACCCUCAUCUCUCAGUUCUUCAACCAGUCAGGCGAUGGACAAUGGUCCCAGUUUAAUCAGCUCCAUCACCUUGCCUCCCAGCUCUCCGUCCCCCUCGUUCUCAGACAGCACACCCGGAGGAGGGAGUCUCCUCAACGGGCCCCACUCCUACACACAGGCCUCUGAGGGUCUCAAGGUUUUCCUCGAUCAACCCCCCAGUUCAUGUGUUAUCUCGAUCUCGUUCCCACCUCAGGCCCCUGAACCUCUCAGUUCUCUGAAGGCGAUGGCUGAGAGAGCAGCGCUGGGAUCAGGCCUGGAUGGAGAGAUUCCCAACCUGCACCUAACAGACAGAGGUCGGAACGAUAUCUUCUCUGGUUCAUCUGCAGCGCCCGGCACACCUGCCGCCCCUCAGCCGUCCGUGUCGGAAGUCAGCAUCCCCCCGUCGCUCGGGGUCUGUCCACUCGGCCCCACCCCCCUCCCCAAAGACCAGCUCUACCAGCAGGCCAUGCAGGAGUCCGCAUGGACACACAUGCCACACCCCUCCGACUCUGAGAGGAUCAGGCAAUACCUGAUGAGGAAUCCGUGUCCCACCUUGCCCUUCCACCAUCAGAUACCACCGCACCACUCUGACUCUAUAGAGUUCUACCAGAGGCUGUCCACAGAAACACUCUUUUUCAUCUUCUACUACCUGGAGGGCACCAAGGCUCAGUAUUUGUCUGCCAAGGCUCUGAAGAAACAGUCAUGGAGGUUUCACACCAAGUACAUGAUGUGGUUCCAGAGACACGAGGAGCCAAAGACUAUAACCGAUGAAUUUGAACAGGGCACUUACAUUUACUUUGACUAUGAGAAAUGGGGCCAGAGGAAGAAGGAGGGGUUCACCUUUGAGUACAGGUACCUCGAGGACCGAGACCUGCAGUGACGGACGGAGUGACACAAAAGGACAGAGAGAGACAAAACGUGCUGCUGUUGACAUUCCGAGACUGAACUUCAAACUGUGGAUAGAGAUUGUGAUGUGUAGUAGAAACCCUCUCCUAAAAUGGAGACUGGUGUCUGUAUAGGCUGCAACGUGAAGUCCUCGAUCCUCCUGUAGCGCUUUGCUUUUGACAAAAAUGCCCUGUGGGCCUGAUCAAAUGCACCACGCUGCUCGAGUUGGUAGGGUUCUCACUAGAGAUCUGCGUUUGUGCCCGUCUGUGUGCACACUCAGUAUGUGGCAUUAGGAAAGCCUACCCCAUGCAUGUUUCUCAUGUUUUCUUUUUCGUUUCAACAAGAUUCUCUAUACCACCUACCCAACAUGAGCCUGGAAGCCUUUGACUUGACACAAAACAAACCUUGGAUUUGAUUAAGUAAACUGGCCAUCUUGUAUUUCCUGUAGUUUGGUUGAGUAGAAUGGGGAGGUACAGUGGACAUUUAGUCACGGUGUGUAGGACUGGCUUCUUUUAAGACCCUACGAUGCCUGUUGAAUAUGGUCACUAUUAGAGAUAGUGAGCGGUUAUCAAUAGUUUUUAUUGAUAUUGUCUUGGUCGAUUAAAACGCUUAUUGAGAGUGACCACGGGGCCUCUCCCUGUGACAGGGAAAGAGUCCUUAUUGGACAUGGAUUAAAUUGCUAUGCAAUUGAACUGGUCUCCGACUCCCUCUCUUUACAAAUAAAAUGUUUUUAAGUUAACCUGUCAAGAAAAGGAAAUGCAUUAUUAUGGCGCAUUCAUGUUUGUGACAAAUUAAUAAACUUGUAAAAUAAAUCUUAAAUAUAGGGUUCGAGACAUUUUUAUCUGUGAUGUUUGAUUUGUACACCAUCGAGCAACUCAUCAUCCUCAAUGCAAAAUGCCAUGGUAACAGUAGUGAAUGUACUUGUACCCAAUACACCGAUAGCGUUAGAUAACAAAUCUGAGAUUGGUUCGAGUCAACUUCCCACUUUAAAUUAAGAUUUUAUUCUAUUCCGUUGAUGCUUCAUCCUAAAAACCCACCGUGUUUACCACCUGAUAUUUUAAGUAAACCCCUACACAGUGAAUGUGCACUGAAACUGUUUACAUGUAGAGUGAAAACACAAAUCCUAAAAGUCUGCUGGUAGAUUUGUGGGUCAAGUAAGAAAUGUCUACUUUGCCGUGGAUGUUCAUGUGCUCCACUGAAGAACAAGAAGGCUUAAUCAAGUGCGGGACAGAUCACACCUUUUCUUGGCAGUUUGAAUGGGGAGAGUGUUAAACUGAAUCAGAUUUUUCCAUUUAAGCAACCAUGAAAAGUUAAGGUCUGUACUGCAUUUAAAGAUUUCAUAUGUGAUUUGUUUCAGGCUUUUUUUUUGGGGGGGGUGGGGGGGGAAUUGAGGAUGUGAGGAAAAAAAGGAAAAUACAGCAAAGUCAUGAGAGAUUUGCCUUUUAUAGAUUCUAUUUUUGGGGCUUUUAAGGUUUUCAGAAAGGGUUGGUCAGUUAAGAGAUUGCUAAAAUGUGAAUUUCAAGAUGUAUUUACAAUUUUUUUUUCUCACAGUUCUGCAUGGAAGACAUAAAACGGGGGUAUAAAGAGGAUUGUAAAAUUUCAAUAAAUACUUUUAAGAAAUUA